AUGGAAAAUGGGGAACAUUCAGGGAAGAAUAUUGUGGAUCAGAAUGGAGAAAAUAUUUUGCAAACAGAAAGUGCUCAACGGAGAGAUACUGAAGAUCUUUUAGUAACCAAUCCGGAUUUGGUUCUGGAGGUGAAUGAUGAUGCAGAACAGGUAACCAAUGAAGUUUCAAAAUUUUCAAGACAAGAUAAUAUGAAUGAGGCCCAGGACAUGCAGGGUGGUGGUUUCAAUGGACAUGACAUGCAAGACCCGACAGUAAUGCAGGAAGGUGGAGAUUCGGAUAAGGGGGCACAUAAUUUGUCUUUAAAUGAUGCUACGACAUGUGAUACACCCUCUUAUCAGAACAAUGUAGCCAAUCCUCUUGAUCAAAACAAUGAUGCCAGUCCUCCUGAUCAGAACAAUGAUGCCGAAACAAUGAUUAAAUCUGUUUAUGAUUUUGCUGCAUAUAAGUUGAACGAGGAUUUUAGAAUUCGUGCAGUUUCUCUGUCAAACCCCUCAAACUCUCGAGCAUCUUCGAUUCGAUUUGAGAUGCUCAGCCCCGACUAG